UACUUCGGAAACGCAACCAAUCACAAUCAAGAUUUCAUGUUUUCUUCCCCUUCGGGUAGAGCAAAACAUGGGGAGUUACAACUUCUCAUAAAGUCAGUCUUGUUCUUCAGUCUAAGAAGUGAUACUUUAUUCAGUUUGAGAUUUACUUUUUCUUUUAUGACUUUACAGCCGACUUUUUUUUCUUUUCCAUUAUAAGGUCAAUCGGCUAUGUAUAUUAUUUUACGUUUCUCUUGGCCUAUUUAUAACACUAGAAGAAAUACAGUCAGAUUUUUUAAUUUUUAAACAAUUAUUAAAACUGAAAUAGUAUUCAAGUAUUGUUGUUUGAAAGAAAUGUGGGAAAUUUGAAAAAAAGUUAUUAAAAGUGCCGAUACUAAAUUUUGACCAUGGCUUUGGCAGAUUUCCAUAAAGUUUCUUCAAUUGCUAUUCCAAAACCAACACGACCUAAAAUAGGUUUCUCUAUUGAAGAACUAGUUGGUAAAAGUGAUAAAUCACCGUCUCCUAUUACCCAUCAGAGGACACCUGAAAAUUUAAUAAUUAAAAAAGACUCCUACGAUUCUAAUAUCCAUCAUGCAAAUUUAGAAAAAUCUCAUGUUUUGAUGCCAAGAGUCCCAGAACUAUACUCUCAAGCAUAUCCAAUUUACCAUUCUCCUGAACCUGAAGUUGAUUUUUUUGGUUUUGGUAGACCAAAAUACUCUUUACUGAAUGGUUGUGAGCCUGUUCGACCAACGUUACCGUUAGCAGUGACAAGAGAUUCGCAGAUGAUGUUCCCAUGGCUCUUGAAUAGGGAUCUAAGAGUCUUACCUCAUAAAUGGCAAGGUGCAUCAGCGUUCUUUUUUCAUCCCUUCCGCAAGCCAAAACGUAUUCGAACUGCUUUUUCACCAAAUCAACUUCUUCAAUUGGAGCACGCGUUCGAAAAGAAUCAUUACGUUGUUGGAAGCGAGAGGCGAGAACUUGCUCAAAAUCUUAACCUCUCUGAAACACAGGUUAAAGUGUGGUUUCAAAAUCGGAGGACAAAACACAAACGACAGAAACAGGAUGACCAAAGUUGCGAUCUUAAAAAUAAAGACUUCUUUGAUUCCGCUGAUCAGUGUAGUUCCUCUGAUGAAGAAGAAUCGGUCUCAGAAAAAUCUAGUCCUCCCGUUCCAGAUAGAACAUUAUCUACUCCAGAAGAAACUUUUGAUUCUUCUUACCUUAAAAGGGAAACUUUAUGGAAUCCUAUGGCAUCAAAUUCAAAUUACAUCCGUUCACAGUCACCUCAAACAUUCAAAUAUGAUAGUUAACGAAGCGAACUUUAUUUUGCUUUUACUGUAUUAUUUAUGCAAUUGUAUUUUGUAUUUUUGUAUUUAUAUU